UGAUCCUAGCGUUAUCUAUGGUCUAUGCCGUGGAACGGCGACUGCUGUGGUGCAGGCAGCCACUUGGAGCAGCUCGUCGCUUACCAUAUGGCGCAAUGUAUAGGUACUAUGAAGUUGACCAUGAGCUGCGUCAACGAAAAGAGGUCGUCAGAACGUAUACUGCAGUCAAAACGCCGCCUGUGCAAAACGACUCGCAGGUCAACAGGAGCCCAUUGUUCCCAUCCUCCUUACUCUAGCAGAGAAACACUUCCGCAACGAAAUAUGAUCGCCCCUAUGUCCCCUCGACCAUGGAUUGUUCAAAAGUACGGUGGAACAAGUGUCGGCAAGCUGUUAGGUACCAUGACAGACAGUAUCAUACCAACAUACCUCCAAGACUACAACCUAGCUGUUGUGUGUUCAGCGCGAUCAACCACGAAAAAAGAUGCAGGCACGACGAAUCUUCUUCUGAAGGCACUUGAUUGUGCAGUCUCCGACGAAACUAGCAUGACAGCCUGUGAUCGAGUCAUAGACGCUCUCAAGCAGGAACACCUCUCGGCAGCAGCAUUUUUGGAAUACUCCGGCAUGAAUGACGGAGCCCAGUAUAUCUUGACGACAUUGCGAUGCAAUAUCGUAGAAGAGGUCGAGAACCUGAGGAAGUUCCUUUGUGCUACUUGGACAAUUGGGGAAGUGUCUGAUCGAACUCAAGAUCGAGUGCUUGGUGUUGGUGAAAGAUUGUCAUGUCUCAUCGUUGCUGCUGCACUAUCCAUCAAGGACCUUCCGGCUGAAAUGGUCAACUUGGAAAACAUUGUUCAAGCCGCAGAAACAAGAUCAAUUCGUGAGCAAAGGGCUGCUUACCAACAGAAUCCGGUCACAUUCCUACAACAACUCCGGCAUGCAGUCAGAACCCAAGUUCUUGCUUGUUGUGCAGACGGGAAAAUACCCAUUAUCACCGGUUUCUUUGGCUCGAUGCCGAAUUCACUCCUGCAUACCGUCGGCCGUGGCUACUCUGACCUGUGUGCUGCUCUCUGUGCAAUCUCAUUGGAUGCCGGAGAGUUGCAAAUAUGGAAGGAGGUCGACGGCAUCUUCACGGCCGAUCCGACCAAGGUAUCGACAGCAAGAGUGCUACCAACGGUCACCUCGGAAGAAGCGGCGGAACUGACGUACUAUGGCAGUGAAGUGAUCCAUCCGCUCACCAUGACACUGCUCAGAGAGGAAUGUGUUAGCUUACGGCUGAAGAACGUCAGAAAUCCCACUGCCGUUGGCACAGUCAUCUACCCGACAAGAAGUCCCAACUCGAGUCCUACACGAUCACCAGCGUCCACACAGCUCGAGGCGAACAUGACGGUACUCAUGGCCGCGAAUGGGUACGAUGGCGACAAGAAAGCAAAGCGUGUCCCCACGGCCAUCACGGCCAAGGACUCAAUCACGCUUGUCAACAUCACCUCGAACGGCAAAUUACCGCCACAGGCCUUCCUUGGUCAGAUUCCAGACAUUCUCGCACGACACCAACUCGCUCUCAAUCUGACCAGUAGCAGCCAUCAAUCCUUGAGUUUAGCAUUGUCUUCUACUGGCUCAGCGGAUCUAAGCGAUGCAGUAGCUGAAGCUCUUCCGGACCUCGAGGAGUUCGGCACGACGACUGUUAUGCGGAAAAUGUCCAUCAUCUCGGUGAUUGGGCAUAGGAUGAAGAACAUGGUCGGCAUUGCGGCCGAGAUCUUCUCGGCUUUGGCGAGUGCUCGGAUCAACAUAUACCUUAUCUCCCAAGGAGCAAGUGAGAUCAAUAUCUCAUUCGUGGUCCGAGCCCAGGAUACGCUACUUGCUAUGGAGGUGGUUCAUACAAAGGUCAUGCGCAUCCCUGGUCAAGCUGAGAGAGAGAUGUCAUUCAUAAGAGGUCCGUGGCUUUACUAGUUCAAGCGUGUGAGAUUUCCCUCGAUUUGUUUUAGGUUGCAUGGUCUAGACGAUGUAAGCCCGUAAUGGGCGUCGGUAACUACCCUCGAGAGACACGUAGAGCGCCAGUCAAAGGUUCAGAUUUCGGAACAUGGGAAGGCACCCGACGAGUACUGAACUUUUG